AUGCAAUUGCGACUGGCACAGCUCAUCCCGCCUGGCUUCCUAUGGCCGAAGUACUUGAUAUUCUCAGACCAGUUCCAAGAUGUGGUGGACCAGUAUACGGAGCGUGCCGACAUUCGCUACAAAUAUAGCUACCGCGGAGAGAUAUGUACAACCACUAUCAAGGGUUUCGGCUUUGGAUACGACUGCUCGUCCUCGUCGAUCGCGUUCAAAACGGCCAAUCAGACCUUCCAAUCUGAAAGCAACAAACUCGAAAGUGUCGAGGUUGCCGUACCUGUCUUUAAUGUCUCGACGCAAUUGGCCGGAUCUCAAGAUGUGUCACUGCUAUUGCACAGUCCCCUAAAUGCAAGCGAAAAGCUUGCAAGAUCUAUUGAUAGGAUCAAGAUCUCAAGCUUGUUCAAGACAAAGCCUGAGUGCGGAGGUGACCUGUCACUUACGACGUGUACGCUGACACCAGCUUUGAUCGAAUACCGCGUCGUGUUGCGGAAUGGCACCAUUGAGUUGCAGUACCCCCACUGGCAGCAUGAUACUUUUCUGUACAACACCACACCGUGGAACAACCUUACAACUUCCGGUCCCUUCGACAAAGAGCCUAUAUGGGUUCCUCUCUCGAAUUGGGUCAACUUCUUCCAAUCCCAAUUCAACGUCGAGCUUGACAUGUACCUUAGCGAUCUCGCUGGCGGCCCAGGUCCAGCGGAGGGCACCACCGGGCUGUACACCGUAGCCAGGAAACACGUCGCCGGCGGCACCGCAGACGCCAUCAACUCGCUAAACUGUAGCACGACUUUCCGCGAUCCGACACAGCACGUCCUCGACCGCAUGCGCGAAAUUGCCUUCCGCACCGCCGUCGCGGCUGCCAGCGUUACGGACAUGACCGUCCUCUUCGGCAACUCCUCCCUCGUCGAUUCCAGCCUCCCCCUCAUCCAAAACUGGACGCAAACAGUCGAGUACAGCGCAAGAGAAACCCGCACCGUCUACUCCAUCAGCUACCCCCACCUCUUCUGCGCCGUUGCGGUUAGCCUCCUCGGCGUCGUUGCGGUCAUCCCGUUGUACGAUGGCUGGUGGGAACUCGGGCGCCCUAUCUCGUUUAAUCCGUUGGAGAUCGCGAAGGCGUUUGAUGCGCCAAUUCUGGAGCGCGUGGAUGGGAAUGCAGUUAAGGAGCGGAUUGUGGAGCAGUCGGGGCUGGAGAGGGUGAGGUAUGGUGUGGUGGAUGGGGAUGGAGGGGGAAGGCUGAGGUUGAAGAUGUUUGAGGAGCGGCUGGUGAGGAGGCCAGAGUAUGGUGAGACGUUUCUUGGAUAG